CUCUCUUGAUCAAAACUCUUUUCUGUUUCUGUUUGUUUCCUGAGAAAAAAAAAAAGCUUCUCACUAAAAUCUUUCUAGUUUGGUUCAAAGCAUGGCAGAGACAUUGACGGAAAACCAAAUUGCAGAGUUCCGAGAAGCGUUUUGUCUGAUCGACAGGGACUCAGACGGUGAGUUUUUCUAUACAUAUCACUUUCUUUUUCUUCCUUUUUGUUUUUAUGUAAUUAAUGUCUACGUACUCUUUGCAGGCUUUAUUACAAUGGAAGAGCUAAUAUCGAUUAUACAAUCACUAGAUGAACGUCCCAAGAGAGAAGAAAUUCAAGAAAUGAUAAAUGAUGUUGAUUGUGAUUGUGAUGGGAAUGGGACGAUAGACUUUGACGAGUUUUUGAAUAUUAUGGCUAGAAAGAUGAAGGAAAAUGUUGCAGAGGAGCUUAAAGAAGCCUUCAAAGUAUUUGAUAGGAAUCAAGAUGGAUAUAUUUCUGCCAAUGAGUUGAGACAAGUAAUGAUUAACUUGGGAGAAAGAUUGACGCAUGAAGAGGCUGAACAGAUGAUUAAAGAAGCUGAUUUGGAUGGUGAUGGUCAAGUCAGCUAUGAGGAAUUUGCAAGAAUGAUGAUGUUGAGCUGAUCCUUUUUAUAAAUGAUCUCAUACCUUUUUUUUUUUUGGCUAAUAUAUAAUAACUAGCUUUGCAUUUUUUUUAUUGGAAAAAUCUGUUUUUGCUCGUUAGGGAUUUAUCCCAAGUUCCCACCAUGUUAACACACCAGGCAUAAGGAAUAAGU